AUGAAGGACCCCCUCAUGGGGCGCCCCUCCGGGAGCAGCGCAUGGGCUGAGGCGCAGGAGCUGAUGGCGCUCUCGUGGCCGGUCGCAUUUGCCACGCUCGCUCGGCUAUUGAUGUACACCACCGACACGGCCUUUAUCGGCCAUGUCGGAACAAAGCAGCUGAGUGGCGUCACGAUGGGUCAGACCUACACCAUGAUCAUGUCCGUGUUCGUGGAGAGCAACGCUUACGUCCUGAACUCGAUCUGCUCGCAGGCAAUCGGCGCAGGAAACCCCAAGCUGGCUGGCAACUGGCUUCAGCUCUCACUCGCCGCGAUUGUCGUCUCGUCCAUUCCAGUCAGCAUCGCCCACUUUUUUUCAGAGCCUGUCGUGCGCUUCAUCUCUCCGGGCGAUCCGGACGUGGCAAAGUACGCGCAGGAUUUCAACGUCCUUGCCGUCACCUUCUUCGCGCCCACCAUCAUCUACAUGGCCAUCCGUCAGUUUUUUCAAGCCAUCCAAAUUGUGAUGCCCGCGACGAUUGUGUCUGCCGCGACCUUGGGACUGAACGUCUGGCUCAAUGCAGCCCUCGUUAUGGGCUGGGGCAUCCCCGGCUGGGAAGGGCUGGGGCUCAAGGGCUCUCCCAUCGCCACGUUUCUGUCGAUGGUGUUCCAGAUCGUGGGGUUCCUAGGAUUCACCGUCUGGUGGAAGGGCUACCACACGCCAUACUGGGGAGGCUGGUCGAUGCAGUCGUUCCGCCGCGAUCGCGUGCAGCAGUACCUCGCCUUGGUGGUGCCAAUGACCAUCGGGAACGCACUUCAGAACUGGGGAUUUCAGGUCAUCACCAUCGCCUCCGGCCAGCUCGCCACGAUCGACAUCGCAGCGAUGUCCAUCUGCUAUUCGAUUUACGGCAUCCUUUGGGCCUUUUACUGGGGCUGGGGUUUGGCGCUCCAGGUGCGCGUCGGGCAGGCGCUGGGCAACGGAGACGUGUCCGGCGCAAAGCUCGUGGUGCGUGUAAGCUUCAUGAUCGUCCUCGUUGUCGUCGCCAUCGUCGCGGCGCUCACGCUGGUCUUUCGCCGGCAAAUCACGGCUCCCACAGCCCCUCCCACAGCCCCUCCAGCCGCGCUCGGCAACACCCACUCUCACCUUCACCUCUGGGUUGACCUCUGCCCCGAUGCCCCCCCGUCUGCCCCGCUGCAGACCGCUUUUUCAGCCGACGAGGAGGUGCUCGCGCUUGCGUCGGGCGCGUUGCUCGUCAUGAGCGCAGACUACUUUUUCUGCUGCCUUGGCCUGUGCGCCUCCAGCGUGAUGGAGGCCAUGUGCAGGAACACAGAGAUGGCGGUGGUGCAGACGUGCGGCAUGUGGUUCGUCACCAUCCCCCUCUCGCUCUACUUUGCCUUUUCCUGCCCCUUCUUCGCGGACGGCUAUCAGAUGUAUGGCCUCUGGGCGGGCGGCGCCACGGGCGAGGCGGUCAAGGCGGCGGUCAUGCUGAUGAUGGUGGCGCGCACCGACUGGGAGGAGAUGAGCCGGCUGGCUCGGAUGCGCAACGAGGCGGAGGCGGCCAGCAAGGUCGCCCGCCGAGCCGCCCGCGUCUGCCCGCCGCCGCCGAGAGCGGCCCACGCCUCAACCGCCUCGGAGGCAACCCCUUCGAGCGGCCCGCGCUUGCGAGGCCAAGCCCGCUCGCCUCCGCCUCCUCCUCCUCCUCCUCCUCCUCCUCUUCCGCCUCCUCCUCCGCCUCCUCCUCCUCCUCCUCCUCCUCCUCCGCCUCCUCCGCCGCCUCCGCCUCCGCCUCCCCCGCGUAUGCGCAGCGCGGGAGGCGUCUCCCAGCUCGGGUCCGGCGAGCCCGGGUCGGGGGUCGACCCUCCGCUCUCCUCCUCGUCCGACUCGCACGCCACCGCCUCGCGCCGCCGCCCACCGCCGCCUCCUCCCGCCGCGCCCCCCGCCGCCUGCGGACGGCCGUUCGCCGCGUCGCCGCCCGGAGUGCCGAGCAGGUCGAGCUGGCGGCGCAUCGCACGCACGCGGCCUCGCUCGCGCUCGAGCGCCUCGCUGGCCUCCGCCUGGCUGCUGCUCGCCCUGGCCACCGCCGUCUCGAGCUCGCUCAGCCGGUCCGCCAUCGGCAGCAGCUGCGCCUGCCUCCCGCGAGCCAGGCGGGUGCUGCUGCUGCUGCAGGUGCUGGUGCUCUGCGAGCCUCGCGCCUUCGUGCUCGCGGAGCACCCUCAGCACGGAUUGCUUCUGCUACGCUCGCCUGGCAAGCCCAAAAAGGGAAAGCCGGCGCACUACCAGCUGCCCGGCGGCCGCGUCGAUGUGACGGAUGCCUCGCCUGCUGCCGCAGCGGCGAGGGAGCUGCUCGAGGAGACCGGGCUUCGGGUCUUGCCGGCGCGGCUCGUGCGGAUACGGGUGGAUGGAGUCGGCCAACGCAGCUACUUCCACCUCCAGCUCGCCGACGCCGAUGCGGCGUCGGUGCUGGGAGGAGACACCGCCCCGCUGUCCGGCGAGGAGUGGCGUCUUGCACUUUCGCACGAGCACGACGCCUACUACUUUGAGCCGCACCUCGACGAGGCGGCCAACGCGGUCGCGCUCCACAGCGGCGGCAAGAACAGCCUCGCCGUCCAAGUGCUCUGGCAGAGCCGGGGACGGCCGGGAGGGGCCGUGAAGACACCGCCGUUCCCAGACCUGAUCAAGAAGUUUUGCUGCCUUCCUGAGUGA